AUGACUGAGGUGUCGUACAGCUACUCACGGCCCCGCAGGGAGUUUGGGCGGAUGCCGGAGUUUCAUGCCAACGAGGGUGAGAUUCUCAGCGACGUUCCGCCGAACCGCACGGUGAAGAAUUAUUACACCAAACUCGACCCCUGCGAGACAGAGAUUCAAAACGUGCCGUCGUUGUCAGAGACAAGCACCAACACGGAGCGCAUUAAACUACGCCACCGCGCACAGUCCCACCUUGAGGGCGGAUGGCCACACGGCGUCGAUCCCACUGAGUUUGAAGAAAAGAUGAAGUACUGCAGAAAGGUGGAACGCGAGGAGAGCUAUCUGUCAUCGUGCCGCCGCCUCUUUCAGCAAUGCACGGACAAGUACAUUAAGCAGAACAAUGCUAUUGACAUUUAUGGUUCCUACUUUGCGGAGGGUGCACCUCCAGAGGAUGAGUCGAUGGGGCCUGCCUCUGCAAAGAUUAUCUCCAUCUUUAAAGAUCCCAAUGAGGAGAAGCGGACAGCCGCGGCGAUUUCGUGGCAAAACGACGGCCGAAGAUUUGCAGUGGCCUAUUGUCGUCUGCGCUUUCAAAGCAACACCCCAACAACGAACACAAACUCGUACCUUUGGGAUUUCAUGAAUCCGAACACGCCGGUUGAGACGCUGGUGACCCCUUCGCCGCUGUGCAGUAUUGAGCACUACUCGAAGGAUCCACAUAUCAUUGCUGGUGGGAGUUGGAACGGCGUUGUACAGUACUGGGAUACGCGCCAGCCGACACGCCCCGCCGCCCGCUCUCUUAUUGAAGAGAGUCAUAAGGAUCCUGUAUGGUCCAUCAAAUGGUUACAGAGUAAAUCAGGUGAACUACUCUCAGUCUCUACAGAUGGCGAGGUUUACGUUUGGGACUGCCGAAUUCCUGACAAACCACUUGAGUUGCGCAAACUCCCAGAUGACUCUUUAACGCUUCUACCUAAAAACAACGAGGGGGGAUCGAAGGGCGUAUUGGGUGGGCUUUGUCUGGACUACGACCCUCAAGUGGGUGGCCCUUCGAAGUACAUGAUUGGCACGGAACAGGGCACGAUUCUUUCCUGUAACCGCAAAGGUAAGACACAGGCGGACAAGCUUGGCCUCAAUACGUUUAAUGCACAUCACGGUCCGGUCUACUCCGUACAACGCCAUCCGUACUUUUCCAAGUACUUUCUUUCUGUGGGGGACUGGACAGCGCGGAUGUGGUUUGAGGACUUUAAGGUUACGCCGUUGUUUAGCACCUUUUAUCACAAGUCAUACAUUACCAGUGGCGCCUGGCAUCCUGUGCGCCCUGGUGUAUUCUUCACGACUCGCAUGGACGGCUUUCUGGAUCUCUGGGAUUUGGUGCUGCGCCAGUCCACACCUGCCCUCAGCGUUCAGAUCUCCGACUACGCUUUGCACACGGCGAAACCCACCGCUGAGGGAAAAUACAUUGCCGCCGGCGGCAUUGACGGCAAUGUGACCCUUCUGGAGCUUUCGCCCUCGCUCUACACCGCCAUGGCGGACGAAAAGAAUGUCAUUGGUCAAAUACUUGAAAACGAAAGCAUCCGUGACAAGAACCUAGACCGUGCACUGAAGGAGAAGCGCGCGGUGGCGAAGCAACGGGAGCGUCGCAGCACGCAAAUACAAAGCGUCGCAAGAGAGGCGCAUGAGUUGGAGCAAAUGCUGGAGACGAUGACGGAGGAAUACAAAGCUGUUGUAAUUGAAGACAAAAACCGCGAUCUGCAGUUACACGAAGAGUUGGAAGCUCAGCGGCGCAGACUACUGGAAGAGAUUGGGGAAGGAAUUGAGUUUGAUGAGGAGGAGUAG